AUGAGACUAUUACUGGCGUUUGUUUCAAUCUCACUAUCCACACUGAUUCCCGAAACUUCUUCGUCGCAACUUUCACAGCCCAGAACUUUGCAGGAUAUACUGUUUCACGUGAAGACUGGAGUUUCGGAUGUUUUGAAAAGAGUGAAAAAAGUUGAAAAUGAUAUUGUUCAAGUUGUGAAUAACAUUACAGGAACAGUUAUGAAAAUUACGGAUGAGCUGAUACAUCAUGGUUUACGUUUGGAAAAACUUGGAGCUAUCUUCGCCGAGAGAAACUUGACACAUUACCGAGAGCAACAUAAACAUGUUGGGCUUCUCAAGCAGCUCAUACCAGACGUGUUGUUCGACAGUGUUUUAGCAAUAGCUGAUCCGAUUCUGCUGAACAUUGAAUCAGGACUUUCAAAGUUCUUCUUUCAAGGGGAUAUCAUACUGACAGAUGACCAAAUGGAUAAACUCUCGUUAUUCUUUGACGAUGUAGACGACAAGAAUGAGAUGGAAGGCAAAUCGUGGAGAAAGAAGAGGCAAAUCACAAAAAUGUUUGAUAGAUGGACAGAUAAUACAUUGUACUACUUCGUGGAGGAUUCAGUUGAUGCAAAUACUCAGAAAUCUGUCCAAUCUGCUCUGAAAUACAUUGAAGAUCGCACUUGCCUUAGCUUCAAAUAUGAUAAAACUUCACCGAAUAGAGUUCGAGUUUUCCCAGGAACUGGUUGUUACUCUUCUGUUGGCAUGAUAGGAGGACAACAGGAUCUAUCACUGGGUGAAGGAUGUAGUGUGAUUGGAACUGUGGCACAUGAGUUCACACAUGCACUUGGUGUGUGGCAUACUCAAAUGAGAGAUGAUCGAGAUAAGUAUGUAACAAUCGACUUAGAUGCAGUUGAGGACAGUGCCCAAGCUAAUUUUGCUAAGCUGGAUUUUCAAGAAGUAUACAGUGUAACUCCUUAUGAGUAUGGAAGUUUCAUGCACUAUGCUUCGAAUUCGUUUUCCAAAGAUAAAACAUCAAUAACGAUUGUGCCUAAUGAAUCAGAAUACGUUCAUACCAUGGGUAACCGAAUGAUUUCCUUUUAUGACAUGCUUAUGCUGAAUCAUCAUUAUGAAUGUCAAAACAAGUGUUCAGCAAAGCGGUCGGCGAAAUGUGUGAAUGGUGGAUAUCCGAACCCCAACGAUUGUAAAAAAUGUGUUUGUCCGUUGGGAUAUGGAGGAAGUUUGUGUGAUCAGCUUCCUGAUGAAGGUGGUGAAGUCCUGACGGCUACAAACGAUUGGCAAACUUAUAAGAUAGAAUUAGGAGAGAAUACAACUGAACUCCGGGACGACUUCAUCACAGAAACAUAUUGGAUUAUAGCACCUCAUGGAUAUAAGAUUGAAAUCAAGAUACUCAACAUGUAUAACAGCCAAUGCCAGAUAUCAUGUCCAUAUAAUGGAAUCGAAAUAAAGAAACUGCCUGAUAUCCGAGUUACAAAUCCCAGAAUUUGUUGUCCCGAGUACAAGAAUAUUCUGUACACAAGUGAAAAUAAUCCCACUCCAAUUAUAACGUAUAAUCGUUUCUCUACGGCACGGUUUACCAUCACGUAUAGAUACGUUCAAGAAGGUGAGCUUCAGCCAGGAGAAUCAUCAUUUGCACGAGCAAACAUACCUACUCGAGGAGAACGUUCAUCACUUUACCCUUAA